UUGACAGUCACACCCGGUUUGCGUUCUGUUCCUGUGUCUGGUUCGGCCUGGAUUCGGUCUGUUUUUAGUAAACUGUUCAUCCGGUCUUCAGAUCACACUUCAGUUUGGAAGCAGUUUUGGUGCAACAUGUCAGGAAGCGGUCAGAUCGAUGAAAGCUUCUACUCUCGACAGCUGUACGUUCUGGGUCACGAGGCCAUGCACCGAAUGGGGGCAGCCAGCGUGCUCAUAGCGGGGAUGAGAGGUCUGGGAGUGGAGAUAGCCAAGAAUGUGAUUCUGUCCGGAGUCAAGUCUGUCACUGUCCAGGAUGAAGGACAGACAGCGUGGGCCGACCUGUCCUCCCAGUUUUUCCUGAAGGAAUCCCAUCUUGGUCAGAAUCGAGCGACGUGUUGCCUGCAGCAGCUGUCCGCCUUAAACCCACAUGUGCUCGUGUCGGCCCACACUGGACCGCUGGACGAGGACCUGCUUCAGAAAUUCCAGGUGGUGGUCCUCACCGACUCCUCGCUGGAUGAUCAGAAGCGUUUCGGUGACCUCUGCCAUUCACAGGGGAUCAAGUUCAUUGUGGCAGACACCAAAGGACUCUGUGGUCAGUUGUUCUGUGACUUUGGGGAGGAGUUUGAGGUGUUGGACCAGGAUGGAGAGACGCCUGUAUCAGUGAUGGUGCAACACAUCUCCAAGGACAAUCCUGGAGUGGUGGUCUGUGCGGAUGACCAGAAGCAUGGACUCGAAGACGGCUCUAAAGUUGUCUUUUCCGAAGUCCAAGGCAUGACGGAGCUCAACAGCAUCGGCCCCGUGGAGAUCAAAUUCCUCAGCUCGUACUCCUUCAGCAUCGGUGACACUUCGGCCUUUUCUGAGUAUAAACGGGGAGGAGUGGUGACCGAAGUAAAACAGUCCUGCCGCGUACAUUUUAAACCGCUGACCGAGGCUCUACAGGACCACCAGCUGCUGACAAUGAACGACUUUGGAAAAAUAUCACGCCAUCAGACCCUGCACUUGGCUUUCCAGGCCCUCCAUAGCUUCGUGAAGAAAGAGCAGCAGCUCCCUCGCUCCUGGUCUCAGUCGGAUGCAGAUUCCCUGCUUGCCACAGUGAGAGAGCUGAAUAAAGUGGCACAGCUGACAAACCUGGAUGAGGCUGCGGUGCGAAGCCUGUCCUACACAGCUCGGGGUGACUUGGCUCCUAUGAACGCUUUCAUCGGAGGUCUGGCUGCUCAGGAGGUUAUCAAGGCAUGUAGUGGGAAAUUUAAACCUCUUCAGCAGUGGCUGUAUUUCGACGCUCUGGAGUGCCUCCCCGAAGAGAAGGAUCGACCAGAAGAAAGCUCGUUCUCAGCAAAAGCCUCAAGGUACGACGGACAGCUUGCUGUGUUUGGGUCGGCGUUCCAGGAGAAGCUGGAGAGGCUGAACUACUUCCUGGUUGGAGCCGGUGCUAUUGGCUGCGAGCUUCUUAAAAACUUUGCCCUUAUCGGCCUUGGUGCUGGAGAAACGGGACGCAUCACCAUUACAGACAUGGACUUCAUAGAAAGAUCCAACCUGAACCGCCAGUUCCUGUUCAGGUCUCAGGAUAUUGGGAAACCUAAAUCGGAAGUUGCAGCCAAAGCAGUGUGUGAGAUGAACCCACAGGUGAAAAUCACCGCUCAUCAGAACCGUCUGGACCCCGACAGUGAAGGAGUGUACGAUUACAACUUCUUCAUGGGUCUCGAUGGGGUGGCUGCAGCUCUCGAUAAUGUGGAAGCCAGGGUCUACCUCGAUGGACGCUGCGUUCAGCACCACAAGCCGAUGCUUGAGGGAGGAACUCUUGGAAGCAAGGGUCACACUCUGGUGGUGGUGCCUCACCUGACGGAGUCCUAUGGACCGGCCAAAUCGAGCUCCAGUAACGCCAUCCCACUGUGCACUCUCAAGAACUUCCCUCACCGAAUCGAGCACACGCUGCAGUGGGCCAGAGACCAGUUUGAAGGACUGUUCAAACAAACGCCUGAAAACGUGAAUCUCUUCUUGAGAGAUUCGGCGUUUGUAGAGCGGACUCUCGGCCACGGAGACGCUGAGGCCCUGGACAUUCUCGGAGGGGUUUGGAGCAGCCUGGAGGACAUGGAGUCUGGAGGACAGCGUCCAAAGCGAUGGGAGGACUGUGUGAGCUGGGCACGUCGCAAGUGGGAGACUCUCUAUAACAACGAUAUCCGUCAGCUUCUGCACUGUUUCCCUUCUGACGAGGUAACCACUACUGGUCUCCCCUUCUGGUCUGGAUCCAAGAGAUGCCCUCACCCACUGACCUUUGAUGCCAACAAAGCCACACACCUGGACUACGUGGUGGCCGCAGCCAACCUGUACGGACACAUCUACGGCAUCAGCGGGACCAGAGACCGCACCUCUAUCAGAACCAUCCUAGAGCAAGUCCAUGUGCCACCUUUCACCCCCAAGUCCUCCGUGAAGAUUCACGUCACAGACGAGGAGAUGGAGGAGGAGAAAAAGAAGGGCAGCGACGAUGCCGAAAAAGCCCGACUGGAGGAUUUGAAAGGAAAGUUGGCCGUAUCCUCUCUGAAAAGCUCAACUCAGCUGCACCCCGUCGACUUUGAGAAGGAUGACGACACUAACUUCCACAUGGACUACAUCGUCGCUGCUUCCAACCUGAGAGCGGAGAACUACGACAUCCCUGCAGCCGAUCGCCACAAGAGCAAGCUCAUUGCCGGACGGAUCAUUCCCGCCAUCGCCACCACCACGGCGGCCGUGGCGGGCCUGAUGUGCCUGGAGCUGUACAAACUGGUGCAGGGUCACCAGAAGAUCAGCUCCUACCGCACCGCCUACAUCAACCUGGCCGUCCAGUACUUCGUCCUGUCCCAGCCGAGCCGUCCCCAGCACUUUGAAGUCGCAGGAAAGAAAUACACCCUGUGGGAUGACUUCCUUGUCGAGGGCAGAGGCGGCGGUCAGCAGGAAAUGACCUUGGAAGAUCUGCUCCAGUAUAUCAAGGAAAAAUACAGCCUGAAUGUGAGCAGUCUGUUCUAUGGAACUGCUUUCUUAUACAAUGGGCAAGAAGACAGGCUGAAAAAGAGCGUGUCCGACGUGGUGAAGAUGGUAACGAAGAAAGACAUCCCUCCACAUGUGAAGAGGCUGGAGCUGAUCCCCUCGUUUGAGGAAGACGAGGACUGUGAGUCAGUCCCAACCAUCAGAUACCUGCUCUGAUUAAAUGCUUUUAACACCAAGUGAAAAUAUAAUAUAGACGUAAAGCCUCCUGUGACGUCACUGGAAAACACUCUACUGAUUUUAAACAAAGGUUGACAUGGGAAUCAUUUUUAAAUCUUCUAACUUUUUAUUCCUGUUAUUGUUGUUUUGCUAGCACACACACUGGGAUUGUUUAAUUGUUAAUCACACUUGCGUGGUGUCAAUGCCACUGUUACACUGUGUAGUCAGUUGGCCGGUCCAGAAGAUACCACCAAAUGUGCAUAGAUUGAUAUACAGCACAAUACUGAGCGCCUUUUGUCACUUUAUUGUGCGGCAAAAAGGUGAAUCUUAUGCAACUGCUACCCCACAUGGUACCCCAAAGUUCUGUUUCUUCAUUUUUGGUUUUGGGCUACUCGUAAAGUGUCUUUUUAGAAGUCGGGCUGGAAGUUGUAGAGCUACUGGCACUGCUGGGUCAGUGCUGGUAACUAGUUCAGGCAGGGCGGAGGCAGAAGACACUCGCACCGCCAUCCUCCACCCCCACAUCCCGGAGGAAUCCCUCCUCAGUGGAGGAGCUGGAGUCGAGGCCUUCAUCUGUCUCUAGAAGCCUUUUGUGAAUGCUUUGCCACAACCUCACAAUGUGUUUCACUCCACACCCCCGCGUUCACACGCUGACAUUUUUAACAUGCUCUGUUUCCCAUAUAAAUUAUGCCGGGUGAAUCUGCUCUGUAAUUAUUACUGUUUUUAGAUGUAAUUCAUCUUCGCUGUGAAACUGGGAUGAUGGUACAAGGAUGCAGUUUGUCAUUAAUCUGAACAAUGAUGUAAUAAAUGUGUCUCUGAGGAACAA